AUCGGGAUCGGCAGUGCGAGCGUCAGACCACAGACAGCAACAGCGUCUACUCCCACACCAGGCAAGGUUCCUGAGUGCGGUCUUAGAAACAACAUAUCUUCACACCUCCACCUCAUGGCUGCCACGACAAGUUCCCGGUGUCCCACGGGAUCAAGUACUAGCUUGACCUAGCAACACGCCCCCGGGGAACACCUUCAAUCAUCAUAAGUAACUACUACACCAUCUUUAAAAAGUAACUACUCAAGCAGAUUCUAUUUUUUGUAAGGAGUACUGGAGCCGUCAAACCUCCCUCGUCAAGUUACAGCACCAUCAUAAAGUAAUUUGUCAAGACGAGUUUACUUUUGUUAAGUAGUUACUAGACAAGUGACACUAGUCGUUCAUCAUCAAACAGUCAAGCUCAUCCUUCGAGAAACAACUUGACGGCAGUGGUCGUCGGUGAAGCAGUAUGGAGGAGAACAAGUUCUUGGUGCUUGCACAGAACCGGCAGUUCUUGCCGUUCUUCGCGGAGGAGGAGAAGGAGUGGCAGGAGCCGUUCGUGUUCAUCCAGGCGGCGGACACACAGUUCGGGAUGCAGGAGAAGUACAUAGAGAAGAAGGAGAACUAUGGGUGGCAGCAGGAGAUAAGGUGGUCGAGACAGAUGGUGGAGGACGUGAAUACCAUGUUCCCGCGUCCCAAGUUCCUGGUGGUGUGUGGCGACCUGCUGGACGCCUGGCCCCACACAGAGGAGGAGAUUCGUCGCCAGCAGGAGAUCGACUUCAAGGAGGUAUUCGCCGGCCUUAAAGUGCCCCUGGUGUGUGUGUGCGGCAACCAUGACGUGGGCAACACACCCACUCCUGCCACCGUCAACCGCUACACCUCCUCCUUCGGCGACGACUACUUCAGCUUCUGGUGCGGCGGUGUGUUCUUCAUCGUCCUCAACACACAGUUCUAUGAGGAUGCCUCCCAGUGUCCCCAGUUGGCGGAAGAACAGGAGGCGUGGCUGGAGGAGCAGCUGGAGGUGGUGAAGAGGGAGAAACCACAGCAUGCUGUCGUCUUCCAACACAUCCCUCUCUUUCUCCACCACCCUGACGAGGACAAGGAGUACUUCAACAUGGACCUGGGCCUGCGCCAGGCCAUGUUGGAUAAGUUCUACGACGCUGGUGUGCGCUCCAUCUUCUGUGGCCACUACCACCGUAACGCCGGAGGGUUCUACAAGGACCUGGAGGUGGUAGUGACGUCUGCAGUGGGGGCCCAGUUGGGGGAGAGUCAGCAGGGGUACCGGGUGGUAAAGGUGCAACAGGACCGCCUGGUUCACCAGUACUACCCCCUGGGCUCCGCCCCCACCCGCAUACACUUCCCCAACACGAAACGUGCCCUCCCCGUCCCUUCUGCCACCCCAGCCUGGUCCUCCACCACCGCCUUCCUCGCCACCGCCAGGAAGGGCGCCCUAGCCCUGUAAACGUGCAUCACUACGACUGUCACCACACCUCCGCGCUGUACUGUAUCAUCCUCAGUGGCCUUCUUUGUAUUUAGGAUCGUCACAUUAUUAUCCAUUUUUAUUAUACACAUGUUUCUAAACCAUCCAUCAUGUGUCGUUAAGUGCCCUAAGCCCUUCAUUAUCAUCAUCAUCAUUCUCACCUUAUAUUAUUGACCCUUAAAGUUAUGCCUUAACAUAAUUCAAAAUAUAAAUAUAUUCUGCAAUAUUACUGUUGAUAUAUUUAGUGAUAUACUAUUGUUAUUAUCAAAAUAUAUAUAUAUAUAUAUAUAUAUAUAUAUAUAUAUAUAUAUAUAUAUAUAUAUAUAUUUAGAUAUAUUUAUAUAUUCUACUGUGUUUUAUUAAUAAACACUUUUUUACUUUUUCAGUGAACUCUACAUAACCUUAAGGAGUAUCUUGAGUUCUGGCCCCUUCCUUAUCACUUAGAUUAGAUUAGUGUAGACAGUUAGCAUCAAGUAAUGAUUCAGUUUAUACACAGGAGAUGCCAGCAAGUACAGUUAGUAUGUAGAGAUACCUUCACACUUGUCUUACGCAUUCUAUACAACUCUUGCAACACUUCCCAUUAGUUCUGUUCAUUCUAUGCUGUGCCUCUUGAUCCAAAAGUGAGAAGAGUUAACACACACUGUAUACUGUAUAUUCUAUCACUAUAGACUGUCGGGGUAGAUGACACGAUCAGUCCCUAUAGUGAAGUACAUUACAGGCACGUACAACAUUAUGUGUAACGUAAAAAAAAAAAACAGCAGAAUUAGUUCAGUGGAAAGAAACUACACAUGUUUCACGUAACUCACUUCACCCUUGGCAAGUGUAGGCUAAGUCGGUUAGUAUAGUGCGCGAUAUAAUACUUCAUCCUGGGCACGCUGCUGGACACACUACGUCUGGCAGUGGUGUUACAAGGUUAAACACUAUACUGUAGGUAGUGUAAUAAUUAUUACCAUCUUUAUUUAGUCUUAAUCUAUUAAUAUCUUUAACCAGAAUACAUUGACUUAAAACAAUGGAAAAUUAAUGAAAAAAAUACGAAAUGUGGUACAAAUUAAGAAAUAUUACUGAGAAUUA